UGUUCUAAUUUGAUUUCACUGAUGUGUACUAACGUUGCGUUUGUGUUGCAGGCCCCGGGCGAGAGCCGCAUCCCGACGGUGCGGCGGUCAGGCCUCCCUCGUCCCUCCUCGGCCGUCUCCCGACUCCAGCUCAGUGGUGUUCAGUACAAGCCGGGCGACCCCGCGCCCAUCGCCCAAACCCGCACCCACACCGUUGAUCCCACCGCCCACAUUUACGAAGGCGCCCCCCAGCACCACACGAGCCCCGCUCACCACGCCCCCGCAGGCCAGGCCGUUGUCCCUCGCCUCAGACUCUCCUCCGGGAAGGUCGUCCGCUACUCCGACGGGGACCUCCUCGAGGCCCACAGCCGAAGGGCCUCCCGCCCCUCCACCACCGGCAGCCGCCUCAGCUACCCUUACUCCAGCGCCGAGAGCUGGGUGGACGAGGACCGGGUAUGGGCUAGGGAGCAGCGGCACAGAGGUCUGCGAGCCUCCACCGAGUCGGCCUUCUCGAGACAGCUGGCCAAGAUCACUCGAGGCUCCGAGGAGGACGUCAGCGAUCCGAGUCUCACCUACCGCGUCUCGAGCGUCCUCGGGGCUCGCACCUGCUGGGACGGGCCUCUGCUGCACGCCGCCGCCGAGCCGCACCCCAAGUACCCGAGCCCAGAGAGCGUGGGGCGGCGGGUGGUCGUGGCGGGGGCGGAGCAUGGGACCCUGCGCUACUUCGGCCGGACCGCGUUCGCGAGUGGCGAGUGGUGCGGCAUAGAGCUCGAGCGCCCCGUCGGCAAGAACGAUGGCUCUGUGAACGGUGUAAUAUACUUCUCGUGUCGCCCGGACUACGGGAUCUUCGCGCCCGCAAAUAAAGUGUUCCUAACUCUCGACGACAUCGGCGGCGACGAUGCGAGAUCUGUAAACGUAGCGAGCAGCGGUAAAGGUCAGGUUUGGCAAGGCUUAAUGCCGUCCUCUACACAAACUCAGGAACCCAAUGCUGUCCGGCGCCGGCCGUCAGACGCAUCCAAUGCCACCUACACCAUCGAGGGGCGCGACUCCUCGGUUCCGAACUCACCCGAGAGUCAAGAAUCUCUCCAGACUCGCGACUUCGCCCAAACGAAAGGCAGAUCGGCCUGUCAUGACGAACACGAAGACGACGUGGCGAGUCUCGGCUCGCCGGAGGACGCCACCUGCGACGAGUCCUCGCUGGGCAUCCUCACUCCAGACCAAAUGCCGGACUUCACAGUCACGGCCUCCGCCUCCCUCGGCAGAUCUCCCUCCGACGAGGACGUGGCAGCACUAGAGGACGAGGUCUGCGACGCUUCUCUGCCGGCGGAGGCCUCCGGGCGGGAGGUGCCGCUGGUGCGCUGGGACUCGGAGCAGAGCAUGAGCGGCGUCGUGGACGAGGAGCUCUUCAAGAAGGACGUGUCGGCCAUCAUCCGCGAGCUUCGGACGUCCGCCGAGGUCAGCUCCUCCAACAGCAGCUCCCCCACGCGACCUCAUCCUUCGCCCGAGACCGAACAGUUCCAGCACGACGAGGAGGAAGCGGAGAAACAGCAGAAGAAGGAGGACGAGAAGGAAGAGGAGAAGAAGAAAGUCGAGCUGCAGCAGAUUGAAGAGCACAAAGAUCAAGAAGAGGCGAUCCACGAGGAGGACCAGAGUGAGACCAUUCACGAGCUUCGGGGAGUGCCCAUUGGCGUCGACCUGUCGCGGCUUCCGGCCAUGGCACGGCGAGUGGCACCGCUCACCACGCGGCUGCUCCUCGCUUCGUCGACCACGGGCGAGGCAGCGCCGGACGUCGAGGCGGCCUGGAGCGGCAGCGCGGCGGCCAUGACCACCAGCGCGGGCAGCCUCGACCAGGGGUACCAGGGCGAUGCCGAGUGCGACCCCCGCUCCGAGGGCGGCACUGGCACGGCCUCCUCCCCCACGGAGGACGUCCGGCUGUUCCAGGGCGUGAUCGACGUGGAGAGGCUCACGGAGGGAGAUGUCAGCCUGGCAGACGACGAGGCCGAGGCGGACCACGGCCAGGUGACGGCGAGAGACAGGACCGCCCGCAUCAUAGAUGGGAAGCUGUACCAUAACCACCGAGAGCUCGGGCGCCCGCACGACCCCCACGCCUCGGAGAUGGACUCCUCCGGCUUCUACUCGGACCUGGACCCCCGAGACCGCGAGGCCGAGGACGAGAGCGCCAGAACAGACCUCGAGCCUGUACAAGAAGCUCUCGGCAACUCAAGCCUCCACGACUCUCUUCUGGACGACCAUCUUCAGGACGACAACACCCACAAUGACCAUACCUUCGACGACCACUCCCUGAAGGACGACCUGACGUACAACAAAGACGCGAGCGUGGCAGUGGACGACGAGGACCGAAGCUCGGCCAGCACGCUGCGCCCCGAGAGCAAAGACCUGACGUCCAUCGAGAACACGGACCGCUCGUACGCCCCCUCGCCCACCGAGCCCAAGCAGACCUCGCCCACGCCCGGCGAAGACGUCCAGCUGACCACGCUCGGCGGGACCAAGAGCGAGCCCGCGGUGAUAAUCGCGGAGACCAAGCUCACCGACUCGGGGAUUUACGUGGAGGGCGCCGAGGACCCAACGAAGGAGCAGCAGCAGGCUCCUAAGGUCAGGACGUACGAGAAGCCGUGGCUGUCACGCCCGCCGCCGCCCAAGAAGAAGGAGGAGGUCCGCAAGACUCUCCCCCCGCCGCCUCCCAUGCCGAAGAAGAACGUGCAGUCGAAGCUGAAGGCCAUGCUGGAGGCGCAGGAGCCGGUGUCGGAGGAAACGCGCCGGCAGCGGCAGCCCCGCAAGAACCGCUGGGACGCAGUCAUGAACAAGAUCGCCGAAGGCCAGAAGGACGAGAGGGUGCGGCCCAAAGUCGAGGUGAAGAGCCGACUCCUCGAGGGGCUCAAGACGCAGGCACAACUCUCGCCUCAGGCAGAGAAAAUCCGCCAGGAGCGAAGGGAGAGACGAGAGCGACGAGAGCGCCAGGCGGCGGCCGCGGCCGUGGCUGCCAGGCGCGUCAACCAGGCCAGGAGCGACAGGAAGAGGAGCUCCGCCAGCAUCCGAAGUAAUCGAACAAGUCGAGCACCUUCGCUCGACUCCUUACCGACCGAUCCGACACGAACUUUGAGCCGAGGAUCCACACCGGACCAGUCUGAAGCGUCUAACAAAUCGA